ACAAAAUGUGUUAAACAACGUAAAUAAAAUUUUACAGUUUUAUGAAAUGGGUACUACAGCUAGCAAAGAUACUCGACGACGAAUAAGUUUUGAUAAUAAUUUUGUUGUGUCGCCUGUUAUAGUACCAAAAUCUAUCGAAAAUGAGGAUAUUUUAGAACUUCAAAGUUUAACCAAAGAUGCGAGUGAUGAUCUAUUUCUAAAUGAAGCAAACACUAUCUCUUUUGACACUCAGGAAAUUAAUGAUGCUGAUUAUUGGUCUCGCAGAAUAGAAAAUCUAAAAAAGGAACAUCAAUCCAUUAAUAAAAUAAUUGAAACCGAAUAUGAAAGGACUGUCGAAAAUAAUCAAAUGUACUCUGACAACCCAUCUACCAUUCCCGAUCGAUUGCAAAAAAUUAAACCUUGUUUUGAUUGGCGAACAAAAAUAUUGAAAUGUUAUGAAGAUAAUCCUCACCAACCUCUGUUAUGUUCAGCAGCUGUCCAAGCUUUUAGUCAGUGUGUCAAGUCCUGCAGAAUGGAAGAUUAA